CCUUUAAUGUCCUAAGCAUGCUGGAAACUGAACAGUAGACCUAUACAACCUAUGGGUCAUCUGUUAAUAAUGAGUAGUGAUACUGGCUGUAAAAUCUAUGAUGGCUAGGGAUUGUUAAAAAAGUUUAACAUUUUAAGACAAUUCUCAUGCUUGUCAGUAUUUGUCACUUCUCAAAAUAAUUAUUAUAAACACCUUGUCGAAACUAGAAUCAAAAAUGUUACACAUUCAUCGCAACUGUAACUUUAUCAACAAGUCAGUGAAACAAUUUCGGCAACUCAGCAUACACGUACCUCUGUGCGGGCACAGAUGGUACCCAGAUAAAGAAUAUGUCAAACAAUUCUUUGGUUCUGUUAUGUAUCCCACUCCAGAGACUGAUAAAUACUUCCGAAUAAUAUAUCAUUCACAAGUGAGGCCCGUAGAGCGUAAACUUAAAAAUAUGUUUAUCAAUUUUGGUCCUCAGCACCCCGCUGCUCACGGCGUCCUUCGCCUAAUAUUAGAACUGGAUGGCGAGACUGUGGUGAGAGCCGAUCCUCAUGUCGGCUUUUUACACAGAGCUACCGAGAAACUAAUGGAACACAAACAUUACAAUCAAAGCUUACCAUUUAUGGAUAGGCUAGAUUACGUUUCCACUCUGGCGAAUGAACAGUGCUUCUGUAUUGCGGUUGAAAAACUUCUUAACAUCGAAGUGCCACCGAGAGGCAAGGCAAUUCGAAUUUUGUGUGCUGAACUCAGUCGUGUUGCAAAUCAUAUGUUAAACUUAUCGGGCACAAUACUUGAUGCUGGAGGCAUCACGCCAUUCUUUUGGAUGUGCGAGGAACGAGAAAAACUUUACGAAAUGUUUGAGAGGCUUUGUGGUGCUAGGGUACACUGUUGCUAUCUCCGCCCUGGUGGAGUGGCACAGGAUAUUCCAAUUGGUUAUCUCGACGACGUCUAUGAAUUGGUUAAUAAGCUAGGAGAUCGCCUUGACGAAACUGAAGAUAUCGCUACCACAAAUCGUUUAUUCUAUGCCAGGACUGCAGGCCUUGGUAUAGUUACUGCUCAUGAGGCUAUGAGCCUUGGAUUUACCGGACCUAUGAUACGAGGUUCUGGUGUAAAGUGGGAUAUUAGAAUUUGUCAUCCCUAUGAUGGUUACGAUUUGUAUGAUUUCGAGGGUGUCGUCGGUACUUUCGGGGACAUGUAUGACAGAUACCUUCUUCGAUUCGAAGAAACUCGUCAAUCGAUACGAAUUAUAAACCAAGUUCUUGACUCAAUGCCGGAGGGAGAGUUCAAGACCGACGAUUCAAAAGUUAGUAUGCCUUCACGAAAGGAAAUGAAAACAUCAAUGGAAUCUUUAAUUCAUCAUUUCAAGUUAUGCUCGGAAGGGUACCCCGUGCCACCUGGGUUUACAUAUACGGCAACUGAAGCUCCAAAAGGAGAGUUGGGCAUUUACAUGGUAGCCGAUGGCACGUCCAAGCCUUAUCGAGUCCAUCUACGGCCCUGUUCAUUCACACAUAUAUUGGGAGUAUCCGUUUUGGGACCGCGUUUAAUGUUGGCUGACAUCACCAUGCUGAUUGCUUCCAUAGACGUGGUCUUCGGUGAUGUCGAUCGUUGAUUAGGUUUUUAAUUACAUUUGUUGGAAUAAUAUAUCUUUCGCGUUCACAAGUGAUGUUGCUAUGGCGUUUUUAUGCUUAA